ACCGAAUCGAUCUUUGCGACCGUUUCCAUCCCACAUUCAUUUAGCACAACCACACCUCGAUAUUACCAACAGAUCCCGCUGAUGCUCGACAUCUCAGACUGCAUCCCCGUCAGCUCCACCGCGUCCCCUCACAAACUCAUGACGCGAUGUCUGAGGUCCCGCUACCCGCCGCGCAGCAGCAGCAGCAGCUCGAAACCGCCUCGGCCAUCGCAAUCGCGCAACUGAGCCCCGCGCUCCAAGACCCCCAGACGCGCGUCGUGUGCGGCGUCGUGACAAUCACAUGGCCCUACAGCAUCGUCAGGAAAAACAUUGCCUUCCUCCUCGCCGAGGCCGACUUCCGCCUGCGUCGGGCAAAGGGCCAGGUGCGCGUCGAGUUCACCGGCUCAAGCGCCAAGGCGAUUGCGGAUGCGGCGUUGGGAAGCGGCGAUGAGAUCGCGCUGUCGUUGGACGGGGUCGAGCUCGUUGCGGAUGACUCCAAGACGCGCGUUCUGGGGACGAGUUUGGAGUGGCAGUUGAGGUUUACGGAGAGGGUGCUCCUGAAGGCCAAGAUUAGCGAUUCCGAAGAGGUCAAGAUCGUCGAUGUCGAUCACCCCGCGCAACCCGAACCAGAGCCCGAAGAACUGCCAGUGUCCAUCCUCGAGUCGUUCCAGGACGUCGAAGAGACCCCGGCGCCCAUAGCGACGCCCGCGAAGACGUCUUCGAGCAAGAGACCUGCCGACCAGGGCCUUGGCGCCGACGAGUUUGCGUCCCCCGCGUUCCUCAAGCGCGCCAGAGUAUCGUACGGAGGGCUGUUCGAUGGGGGCCUCGACAUCUUUGACGAGGUAGAUGAUGGAGCAAAGGCCCGGGCGAAGAAGAAGCCAAAGACGGGCCGGUACAGCAGCGUUUGGACAUAUGCCAGUCGAUCUCCGAGCCCUGAGCAGGAAGCACCCGCGGAGGAUGCCGACGACACACCAAUGGCGGAGGAGCAACAGCCGACGAUCGCCACGCCGUCACGGCCUACGAUGGUGGACGGUGCCUGCCAGACAGUGGAGCAAGCAACGAGCCCCCCGAGAGAUGUCCAGGUUGCGGCAGAGGCGCGGCAGGAUCCCUCAUACUGGCAGACGCCGUCGAAAUCGACAAUGAUUGAUUCAGGGGUUCAGUCUGAUCUGCCUCCCAGUCCCAAUAUUGGGCUGGCUCCGCUUGGAUUUGGACCACCGCCUAUGCCGAUAUUCACGUCCGCCCACGAGCAGUAUCCGCCUGCCUUCCAGCAGCCGCCUCUGGGUCCCGUCUUUGGUCACGACUUGCAACCUGACAUGGAGCCGCACUACGGUGCCGAAGGGCCGUUUCACGAACACCCCAGUGCGUACCCAGAAGCAGGGCUUGACCACUCGCCUAUGCAUGGUCACUAUCCCGCGACGUUCCUCGAUGAGCCGCAUUUCGGCCCAGAUGGUGUCGUCACUUCACAACCGCUGUCGGAGCCGAUACCUGCGUACCAGGAUCACCCGCAGCAGCACGAUCUCGAGGCAGAGCCCCACCACACAGUCAUGGUUGACGGGAUCGCUGAGCCUCAGCAAAUACCCUGGGGCCUCACGUCGGCACACUACUCGAGAUCGCCCGCGAAGCCUGCAGAGUCUGGUGAAGUGCAUGAGGAUCGGGCGUCUAGUCCUCGGGAUGCCCCUGGUGAGACAUGGGAUGACGACCGCGAGCGCGAUGUGCGAGACGAUCCCGAGGAUGAGGAUGAGGCACUCAGGGUAGAGGAGGACCAAAUGUCGGAAGAUCAAGACGGCCCCGAAGAGAAUUUCACAUCGAGAACGUACGCCGAGAGACGCCUUGAGCCGGGUGAAGAGGAUCGUGAAGAAGCCGCAAGCAUAGAAAAGGAGAGCAGUCCCGUGGGCAGCCGUAGCAGCAGCAGCGAAAGCAGCGAAGAGAGCGACGAGGAAGCCGAGCACGAGGCCGACGAUACCGGCGGGGACUACGACAUCACCCACUUUCGGAAUCUCAGCAACAACCAGGACGAUGAUGCGGGGACAGACCUGGAGUCGGACUACGGACAAGAAGAAGAUGAAGAAAUACUGGACCCCGAGGACGAGGAAGAGGGAUUUGAAUCCGAGGACUACGAUGAGGAGGGCUACGAUGAAGGGGACUAUGACGAAGAUGAGGAUCAAGAGAAUCAACCGCCGCCUGCUGCUCCGCGAGGGGGGCCACCGGUAGUCAUUGACUUGCUCUCGGAUUCCGAGGAUGAGGAUGAAGCCCCGCCGCCGCCACCGCCCGCUGCUGUUCCCCGGCGACGGAUACCGCAGUACGAUGGAUCCGCCGAUGAGAUGGAAGACGAGGACAUGGACGACCAAGAGAGCCAGGGAGAAAGCGUCAGGAAUGAGGCCAGUCAACGAGGCUCGUCGCCUCAACCGUCUGAUGCGGAGAGCGAAGAGGACGAGGCGUCGCAAGUCGGCACACCCACGCCGAAGCCCCGCCAGGCGGCGUCCGCACGACCAGUAUUUUCCGCCCCGGAUCUGACGACGGGGUCGGUUGGCGACGAUUUCGAGACGAUGAGCCCGGUGAAGCUGCCGCACAUGGCGGGCGUUCCGAAUACUUCGUCCCGGCCUACUUCGCGAGGGGAUCCUGAUGAUCUCGAGGCGGAGCUCGAGAAGGAGUUGGCGGAGGAGAUUGCGGCUGAUGAUGGCGGGAGUGACUGCCAGACGCCGGCCCCGUCUGAUGGCAAGGCGGGAGAAGUCGUCGAAGACACGGGGGUUCUGCCGUCGAGUCCGUUUAAUGAGGAGCCUGUGGGUCAAGCGACGUCAAAGCAAGUGGUGUCUAGUCCGUUCAACGAGGAUCCUGCUGGGCUUGCAACGCCUAAGCAGGCGGUCUCUAGCCCAGUUAGAAUCGAUGUCGAGGAUUCCGAGGUGCGGGGGGAGGAAAUGCUUGUUGUUGAGUCCCCUGCAGCUCAAGAGUCUAGUCCGGUUCGACCUGUUUCUGCUGUAGAAGAGGAGCCAGCCGUCGAGUCUCCUUUGGUUGAGGAAUCUAGUCCGGUUCGACCUGUUCCGGCUGUCGUGGAGGAAGCGUUAGCCGUCGAAUCUCCUGCGGCUGAGAUAUCCAGCCCUGUUCGACCUGUCUCAGCCGUUGAGGAAAAAUCUAGCCCGGUUCGGCCUGUCCCGACUCUUAAAGAGGAAGCGGCGCUCAGUUCGCCCGUAGCUGAGGAAUCCAGCCCAGUUCGACCUGUUUCGGCUAUCAAGAAGUCACUGGAGCCAGGAAUUGAGGUUGUCGACGUUCAAGUUGCACCGGAAGAGAAACCAACCGUCGAGCCUGAGGAGCUGGUCAUAGGCGAAGCUGAGAAUCAGCCGGAGUCAGAUCAGGAAGAAGCUCACGCCGCAGAAAGUCUCCAGGCAAGAGUAGAGGAUGGAGAUGCUGCCGAGUCCGAAGUCCCAGCAGAGGAUGAAAAUACUGCCGAGCCUGAAGCUUUCCCUGCAGACGAUGUCAGUCGACAGGCACCAGAGAUGGAAGCCAGCAAAGUUGACGCGCCCGAGCGGCCGGAGGAAGUGCAACAAGUUGACCUCAACGACAAAGUCACGGCCGAGGAGCAAUCACCAGAACACACCGAGGUGACUGUGGCUGAAGUCUCUGAAGUCGUGGAAGAAACACACCCCGUCGAAGCAACAGUAUACACCCCAGCCAAAGAGGCCACACCGGACCAUGUCGAGAUCACAGAGACAGAGGUCACCAAGAUGGACGUGGAAGAGACACAGCCUCAGCCUGACGAUGAAGGUAUGGAAGUCGAGCAAGUCCCUGUCGAGACUACAGUCCAGGACGUCAAAAUAGCAUCACCAGAACCUAUACCCGAGGUGCACAUGGACUCCGACGACGAGGGCUCUCUCGAGCCAGCGGACGUUGACAUGGGCGAUCCAGAUGACAUGUCAGUCGACGAAGUCAGUAGCAACGCGUCAGACUCCGACAUGGAACUUGACGACAUGACUCAGGACCUGCUCAUCCAGAGCCAGCUGUACGAGGAGUCAAUGAUGUACGAAGACGACCAGACAGUCACGACCUCCAUUAUCACGACGCAGAUGGUUGAAGAGCGGCCAGUUUCCCAAGGAGGUGAUGCUGCCGACGACGCUCAUGCCGAGACUGAGGUUAUCGAGACUUCACGAGUGACUGUUGAGACGACUACCACGGACCCCCUGGAGAGUACAGAACAUGCACAACAUGCACAGGUCGAGGAUGCGAUGGACGUUGACGAUGACGGCAAGUCCACAACGGCAUCGCCCACGCCCACUCCUCAAUCAUUCGAGGAGGUUAGAAUGGCCGAGGCAGAGAUCUCGCAGGUUGAGGAACAGACAACACCGCGUGCCACACAAACCGCAGAAUCUUUCUCGCAAUCGUUUGUUGAGACGCAAGUCACUGAGGUGACGAUACCUGACGACGUGGGUGACGCCGAAUCACAGACGGAGCAAUUAGCGGCGCAUCUCGACGACAAACGCCCCGCCGAGUCACCCGCAGCUGCCCCAGUCCAACCCCACGAACCGCUGCUAGACGAAGAGGAGGAGGUGGAGAUGGAGAAGAAAACAACCACUCAACACGAAGCUGAUGCAGAUGCGACCUCAUCUAUCAACGAAGAGUCAUCACAAAUCCGAGAGCCCUCGGCGCAACCGUCCGAAGCGCAAUCGUCUCUUAUCGCCGAGGACCCGUCGGAGGAAGUCGUUUCCGCCGCGCAGCCAACUCCGAAGCGAGGUCGCGGCCAGCACCGCAGAACCAACAGCAAGGAUCAGGAUCCCAGCGUGAAGCUGGCCCGUGCGUCGAUUGCAUCUCGACGGUCGACGCGCCUAUCAGAUCGCACGACGCCUGAUAGUAACAGUGCUGCUGCUCGAGUGACGACGACGACGGCGGCGAGCCGAGGCAGGUCGGCGAGCCUGGCGCUCAAGAGCGAUUCACCUGAUGCGGACGCGGAGGAGGUUACGGGCGUGCAGCUCGCUAGGGCCGCGAUCAAGUCACCAUCGCGAGCGCCCAAGGCCGCCAAGGAGGAGGUGGCCAAGGUGAAAGAACCUAGAGAACCAAAGGCCAAGGAAAAGGAACUCCCGAAAGAGGCCGGUGCAGCAGCAUCAUCAACAGCACCGCCACAAGCACAACCAGAACAAUCCUCCGCCGCCCUCAAAGCCCAGCUCACCAAAUCCCUCCGCGCCGACGUGCCGGACUGCAUCUCCCUCAAAGUCCUCCGAAGCCACCCGGGCCGAACAGUCGACGUCCUCGCCGUCGCCACCACGAACCCCCCCGAAGCGAAGCGCGCCAAAGGCGGGCCCCGCGGCAUCAUGCUGGCGUUCAACGUUACAGACCACUCCGUCGCGCCGGCACAGACGGUCGCCGUGCAGAUUUUCAGACCGCAUAAAGCUGCGCUGCCCGUCGUGCACCAGGGCGACGCGGUGCUGUUGAGGAAUUUUAGUGUCAUGGUGCUUACGAGGAGCGGGUUCGGGUUGAGGGCGAAUGAUGGGUCUAGCUGGGCUGUUUUUGAGCAGAGACGGCACGGGCACGGAGGAGGAGGAGGGGAAGGACAAGGCGGAGGAGGGGACGGUGGUGAUGCAGACGAUGAUUUGCCGCAGAUUCGGGGUCCGCCUGUGGAGCUUUCUGAGGGGGAGACGGGGUAUGCGGCUCUGCUUAGGCGGUGGUAUGCCGGGCUGGACGCCAAGUCGCUUGCGAGGUUGGACAAGGCUAAUGAGGCGGCACCGGCUGUUGGGAAUGUUGGUAAGGAGGGGAAGUGA